AUGGAGCAAUCAACAACAACAAAGGCAGAGAAAAAUCAAGAAGAAUGGAAAACAGUGUCUUUUACUAAAGGAAGGCAACAAGGUGCAAGAGGUAAUCAAAAACACAACAAUACAAAUCCGAUCAAAAACGCCAAUGGCCCAGGUAUCUCUGUCAAAUUGUUCAAUGCCAACACUGGACUCGAUCAUCAUUCUUCACGACAGUCAGUACCUAACCCAACUGGUUAUGGAAGGCAUGAGGUUGGCCAUGAACAACUACCUCAACCAGGUUUGGCUCAACAAUAUCCUUCAACCCCUAGCACUCUCAAUGAACCCUCAGCUAGUGCAUGCAAUGAGAAACCAAUGGAACUUACCACCACACUUCAACCCAAUCUACCUAUAGAAUGCUCUCCUGGACAUGCCUUUCUUCAUGCCAGAGAUAUUAACCCAACUCAAUCCCAUAUUCCUGCCAUGGGAACAACCUCAGCCAGCCCAGGAGCCACCAGUUCCACCACCUCAUCAACGACCUCCAUCCCCACCCUACCACCAAGUCCAGGAACCAGUACCAGUAGAAGCAGAAAUGGAGGAGGAAGAGGAACCCCUCAAUCUACUCUUAGAAAGAGUCCUAGAAAUCUCAAGUCUCGAAGGAGUAAAAGUGUUUAUCUUCACGGAGAGGCAAGAGAAGAGGCACGUGCUCAGUUGCCCACUAGCAUUAUACAAAUGCUCGAUGGACAUAAGACCACCUCAGGAUCCAACAGUGGGCAACAGAGCCAUGACCCUAGUUUCAUCAAUGAGAAGGAACCCAGUCCUAGGGGUAGUGAGGGAGAAUGGGGAUCCGGCAAACUUGAAUCUUAA